GGGCGGGGCGGAGCGGCCUCGGCCCCGCGGAGACCGAGCGGCUGGGGGCGAGGCGGCGGCCGCGGGCAGGAGGAUGGGGGCCAACCAGUUGGUGGUGCUCAACGUGUACGACAUGUACUGGAUGAACGAGUACACCUCCUCCAUUGGGAUUGGAGUUUUUCAUUCAGGAAUUGAAGUGUAUGGCAGAGAAUUUGCUUAUGGUGGCCAUCCUUACCCCUUUUCUGGAAUAUUUGAAAUUUCCCCCGGAAAAGCUUCUGAACUAGGAGAGACAUUUAAAUUUAAAGAAUCUGUUGUUUUAGGGAGCACGGACUUCCUAGAAGAUGAGAUAGAAAAAAUUGUGGAAGAACUGGGAAAAGAGUACAAAGGCAAUGCCUAUCAUUUAAUGCACAAAAACUGCAACCACUUUUCUUCAGCUUUAUCGGAGAUUCUCUGUGGGAAAGAGAUUCCUCGCUGGAUCAACCGCCUUGCCUACUUCAGCUCCUGUAUCCCCUUCCUCCAGAGCUGCCUCCCGAAGGAGUGGCUCACGCCCGCCGCCCUGCAGUCCAGCGUGAGCCAGGAGCUCCAGGGCGAACUGGAGGAGGCCGAGGAUGCUGUCGCCUCGGCCGCCGCAGCAGGCUCCCGGCGCCACACUAAACUCUAAGGGUCUCCAAAGCCACACACUCAGCACUGUCUCGGCCGUUGACUAUCACUAGCGAGAAGUAAAGAGGAAGCGUCCUAUGAUGCUGGUAUGCAAAGCUGGCUCUCCCCAAAUCCCGGUUUCACAGCUCAGGAUUCCAUUUGUAUAACCAACCGCUCGGCGCAGGAGGGAGAACUGCGUGCAGCGCCCUCUGGUUUUUUACCCACUUGUAAAUGCAGAUUUACUUCUUCUGUUUUAUACAACUCUGUUAUGUUUACAGUAUUUUGUAUCGCUGUUUACAAAUCUUGCAUGGACUCCUGCCACCAUAAAAGAAGGAAAUCUCCACGUCUUCACUGUCAGGCAGGCCAUCUUUGUACACUUCCGACAACGGCCAGGGCGCUGGCGUCAGUCAUAGGCACACAGACCAGGCGGCGGGGCAUCACCUGCUUGAGAACUGUCUGUCGGGUUUGUGUGUGUUUCUGUUACGGUUUUGGCACAGGAUGCAGAGCGCGAAGGAGCGCACACAGCGCGAGGGCUGGGGCCUGGGUCUGCUGAGCGGCAGCCCCUCCCGCCCCCCGCCCUCCGGGCAGCACAUCUCCCCUGGCUCCUCCCCACUCCCCUCCCCCGGGGGAGGCACUCGCCUCUGGCUGGCUGGCUCUGAUGCCUCUGACUCUGGAAUUAAGAUGUUUUUUCGUUAAAGUAACUGACGAGUGGUUUUGCACACGUGCUGGAGGCUUCGUUUUUAUCUUAACACGGUGACGGGCUCCCUGCACAGGAGUCUGGGUGAGCAGCAGGACAACCGGGUUCCCUUUCAGCUGUGUGGCUCUCCCGCUGCCUUUGUACGAGACCUUGAAGACUGGUCUCGAGCAACACACUCCGAAAAGCGAAUGCUCUGAUGUCUCACACACGUUAGUACCACAUCAGGGAGAGCAAGUGGUUAGUGUCUUAGGGAGUAGUUUCACCUCAUAAUGGAAAGCCUCCUCUCAUUGACCUCUUGUUUAAAGUCACGUUUGUACAUCUUUAAGUUCCUCUUUUUCUGUUCUCUCAAAUGUAUGUCUCUUACGUCACAUUCUCUAAGGAUGGAAUUGUCACACAGAUAAGUCCUCCGUAGCAAGGAAUCUGUCUGCGCGAGUCUACUCCCAGUUUGGCCCCUGGAUGUAAGAGCCGGGUCAUUACAUGUCACAUUCCAUCUUUCUGCCUUAAGAAUGAAUGUCCCACGUGAGACUGGAUGCAGCGCAAAACGUACCCAAGGCAGUGACUUUGACUUCCUAUACGUUGUUGUUUAAAGUCACCUACUUUUAUUUCAGCGUCUAGACUGGAUUGUUAGCGCUACUGCUCUUUGUAAAGAUACAUAUCUUUCAGUAAACGACAUUUUUAACUUUU